AUGUUAUACCCCUACGGGAGACACGUAUUUAAACCACUGCCUACACCCAACGGACCCUCCUUAUGUUUCUUGGACGCCGAAUGCCUGGACACGCAUUAUUCCACGACCCAUGACUUGCGGCUCUGGAGCCAGCGGUUUGCAGCUGGACUACGAAAGUCGGGUCUGCGUCCGGGCGACCGCGUGCUGAUGUUCCCUGGCGACGAUCUAUUCUUCCCCGUGGUGUUCAUGGGGAUCAUCAUGGCCGGGGGCAUUUUCACGGGCGCGAACCCGAUGUCCGUGCCGCGUGAGCUGGCCUACCAGCUAGAGGAUAGCGGUGCUACGUAUAUUAUCUGCGCGCGCGCCAGCCUAGACACCGCUAUUGAGGCAGCAAGGCUAGUUGACUUGAGCCGAGACAAGGUAUUCGUGUUCGACAACACGCUGUGCGACGGCCACGGUGUCGGCGAAAGGCCUGUUAAGAAGGGAGGGAUUUGCAUGGGACGAACUCUCGACACCCGAGCUGGCCGAUCGAACCCUCGCGCUGAACUACUCCAGCGGUAUGACGGGACGGCCAAAAGUCGUCGAGAUAACCCACAAGAACUACGUUGCCAAUCUGCUGCAGUUCACGCCAAGCGGGCGCGCAAACGCUGUCUCUGUUUCUUGCCGAUGUACCAUUCAAUGGCCCAGAUGAUUAUGAUUGCAGCCACUUUGGCCCUGAACACGCCCGUUUAUAUCAUGCCUAAAUUCAACUUCAUCCAGAUGCUGGGGUACACGCAGAAAUAUCGCAUUACGGACUAUGUUGUCGUGCCCCCAAUUGUUGUUGCCUUGGCCAAGCACCCGGCUGUCAAGAAGUUUGAUCUCAGUAGCGUUGAGGAUAUAGGGUGUGGCGCCGCACCAUUAGGCAAGAAAGUUUCUGAGCAGUUGCAGGCUCUGUGGCCUCCAGGAAAGGUGAAUAUCAGGCAAGUGCAGUUGAAGAUGCUCAUGAAUGUCUGUCACAGAACCACCUGUUCGAUGGUUAAUUGGGACCCCAGGGAGAAGGGAUUCUCGGCUGCGGUUGGAGAGCUGAACGCCAACUGCGAGGCUAAGAUUAUGGCUGAGGACGGAGUGACUGAACUCCUAGAGCGCAAUCAACGCGGAGAGCUGUGGUUGCGUGGCCAGAACGUCAUGAAGGGAUACUGGCGGAAUCCGGAGGCGACAAAAGCAACCACGACGGAAGAUGGGUGGCUCAAGACGGGCGAUGUUGCUUUUGUGGAUGACCAUGGCAAGUUCUACGUUGUAGAUCGGCUGAAGGUGAGUGCUAUGUUCGACCAAUAUAGAAGGUUACUAACGGUUGCCACACAGGAGUUGAUCAAGGUCAAGGGCAAUCAGGUUGCUCCUGCUGAGCUGGAAGCCUUACUGCUGGAACAUCCAGCCAUUGCAGAUGCCGCUGUGAUCGGAAUUACCACCGACAACGACGAGGGACCCCGUGCCUAUGUUGUGCUCAAGCCCGGUCAGGUGGCUUCGGCGAAGGACAUUGUGCAAUUCAUCGAGGGCAAGGUCUCCCCGAUCAAACGGAUCACUGGUGGGGUAGUUUUCAUUGAUGUCAUCCCCAAAAACAGGGAAGAUUCUGCGUAA